CCGGCGGGCGGUGUCCGGACGCAGGUGCCGGCCGGAGAGGAGCGGGCGGCGCCGACUGGACCGGCCGGGCCGGGACCCGGGCCGGGGCGAGCGGAGGGGCCUGCGCGGCCGCCCGGCCCGGCCGCGGAUCAGGCUCCUGGGACCAUGGGCCUUGGGCCCUGAGGACACAGGGCUCCCUGUGGCCAUGACGACAGGUGAAUGCUGCCACCUCCCCGGCUCCCUGUGCGACUGCUCCGGCAGCCCCUCCUUCUCCAAGAUCGUGGAGGCCACGGGCCUUGGGCCACCCCAGUAUGUGGCACAGGUGACGUCAAGGGACGGCCGGCUCCUCUCCACUGUCAUCCGGGCCUUGGAUGGGCCGAGCGAUGGUCCCUUCUGCCGCAUCUGCCAUGAGGGAGCCAACGGGGAGAGCCUGCUGUCUCCGUGUGGCUGCACCGGCACCCUGGGCGCCGUGCACAAGAGCUGUCUAGAGAGGUGGCUUUCCUCGUCCAACACCAGCUACUGCGAGCUGUGCCACACGGAGUUUGUGGUGGAGAAAUGUCCCCGGCCCCUCAUAGAGUGGCUGAGGGACCCGGGGCCUCGGACCGAGAAGCGGACACUCUGCUGUGACAUGGUGUGCUUCCUGUUCAUCACACCACUGGCCGCCAUCUCGGGCUGGCUGUGCCUGCGCGGCGCCCAGGACCACCUCCGGCUCCACAGCCGGCUCGAGGCCGUGGGGCUCAUCGCCCUCACCAUCGCGCUCUUCACCAUCUAUGUCCUCUGGACGCUGGUCUCCUUCCGCUACCAUUGCCAGCUGUACUCCGAGUGGAGAAGAACCAACCAGAAGGUGCGCCUGAAGGUCCAGGACGUGGAGGGCUCUGAGGGUGCCCAGCCCCCGCUGCUGGCAGCCGGACUCCUGAAGAAGGUGGCAGAGGAGACGCCCGUGUGAAGGCCAGGCUGGCGGGGCCAGGGGCAGCUGGCGAUGCCCUGGCGUUGGGAAGGACGGAAACUGCCCGACUCUUUCUGCACGGCCAGAAUGCUUUUUAGGCCAAGAGACACCAAGCGGAGCUGACUCUGUGAUCCCGUGUGAAGACACUCACUGAUUGUUUUGCACACCGUUAUACCCGAGGAGGCGGACGUGGUCCUGAACUUCCGAUGGAGCAGGCACCCUGAUCUCUUCCCGAGGUCUACUCGGUCCCUUCGGGGCCAGUAGCCCUGGUGAGUCGAGGGUGUCCAUCAGGCCGGGAGGUUCCACAAGCUUCUUGCGCUUCUCCGCACCCGGCAGGCUCGCUUUCCCGGCACCCUCGACUUCAUCAAGUUGCACCGCGUUUCAAAAACCCACCCCAAAUGAAUAAAAGCAGGCCUUGCUGGACAAAAUGGACUUGUCAGUUACGUUUCUGAACCGAGGCCUCAAAGUGAGGCACCCGGGACACGAGGGGAGUCAGGGACCACACCGAGGUAAAGAAUAAAAAAUGAAAAGAAAGGCCCUCUGCUGGUUUUGAGGGAUCUGUUAUGAAACGCACUGCAAGAAGCAAAGUCUGAGUUUUCAGGUGAAGAGCAGGUAGCGGGAUUAUAUAAUAAAUGAUUUACAAUCACUA